AUGUCUUCCUCAACCCCAGGACGCUUGUCGAAGCGCCAGAAGAUCAUCAACCUCGCCGUCUAUGGCUCCGUCGGAGGGCCAGACAACGGAGAAGCCAAUCACCAGAGACAACCGCAGACUAGGGUUACCCAUCUUGCCUCCACCACUCCAACGACUCAUGACUCUGAUCGUGUAAAGCUCGCCAACGUUCUCGGCGACGCACUGGACGACAACGUAGAUCUCGCGGCCGAGAUUCUGCAGGACGACAGUAUCAAGUCCACCCGGGAUGUAGCCUUGCACUAUGGAUUCUCGCGUGUACGCGCUCUGGCAUCCACGAGGAAGAAGCGCUUGCUGCUGACGCCUGAGUCGGCCCCCGAAGCGGAUGAACUUGGCGCCUACUCGCCCCCUUCCCAACAGGACAGCCUCUCAGGCCUGUUUCUUGCACUCAGAUUCCGCCGGCGACUGUUCGCAGCCGAGCCGACGGCUGUACUCCAGCACAUGGUCCAUAGUGACGAUGCCAAGGAAAACCCCAGCGAUGAGCUGCCCGUGCAUGCAUCAGCAACUGUACGUGCCGAAGUCACAGGUUUUCUUGACCGUAGGCCCAAUUUCGACAUCAGAAGGACGUCUGUCAUGUCGGCUUUGGAGACGGGAUCUUCAGAGCUCGAUCAUCUCGACAUGACUACCAAGGCGGCCACGGUGGAGAGUCUGAAGCUACUACAGCGUGUGCAGGCCCUGACCCCAGUUCCGGAACUCAUCCAACCGCUUCUUGAGGACGGCUUCACGAGCGGGCUUCGCGUGUCGUCCCUCUCCAAGAAGAGCUUUGUUGCGAGGAUGGCGCCAAAACUGACCGGUUCGAUGGGUAUUUCUCGGGAAGAGUUUGAAGCUCUGUUCAGCCAGGUUCACGAUCACGCAACGGCCGGCCGUCUGCGCAUCGACCGUGCGCUGGUCCAGAUCCGUGAGAUGGUGCGCGGGACCGGGCUCAGAUCCAUCGACGGGACCUCUGUUCUUGCCCAGCGCAAGGCAAUGUUCAACAACGCCCGUGAUGCCACCAACACGCCCCUGAACGCCAACCUUGACGCCCUCUUCGACGACAUGGACAUGUGCGAGUGCGAGGACUGCCUGGACGUCACCAGCCCUACAGCCUACUACAUAGACCUCCUGCAGUAUCUGCGUAACAACAACCUCGACAACUCGGCCGAGUGGCACAACACAGGCCAGGAGGGAAUCCAAGGCACCGCACUGGAGCAGCUGUUUGCGCGAAGACCGGACCUGCAGCAUCUGCAGCUCACAUGCGCCAACGCCAACACGGCGCUCCCCAUGGUCGAUCUCGCCAACGAGGUCAUGGAGGCCUUCGUAAUCCACCUAACCACGUACGAGUCGACCGGCAAAGCCAAGAUCGAGACGUGGAACAUCCGCCAGGAGACGACUGACGAGCUGCUCGCGAGCCCGAGCAACACGCGCAAGAAAGCGUACUGCAUCCUCAAGCACGCCGUGUACCCGCUCGCGCUUCCGUACUUCCAGCCGCUCGACGCGUGUCGCCUGUACCUGUCGUACCUGGGCACGUCACGGUUCGACCUCAUUGACACGUUCCGACUUGCGCAGCGGCAGUGGGUGGUGAGUUCCAAGCUGCUCGGGUCUCCUGAAGAGAAGGCUCGAUAUGCGGAGCUCCGCCGCAAAGUCCAGGAUCGCGCGGCAGCGGCCGAGUAUCUCGGCAUCAGCCCUGACCUGUACGUGAUCCUGACGCGCGAGUCGCUGUGGCCUAUCGAGUGCUCCGAGUUCGCCGACAACGGGCUAGCCGUGGACCAGGACCAGUAUCAGAAGGAUAUUGGCGUCGCGAAUGCGUAUCUAUACUGGGGAUACGACUCAGAAGCAGCUCUGCUGAGCGAGGCGACAGAUACCGGGCCGUCGUUCGUGAAGGCGCAGUUCCUUCCGCGGUCUGGGUUGAGCUUUGCUGACACGGCGGAGCUGGCCCGCACAAGAUAUGUCAAUCCCAUGAUGCCGACGGGCAAGGACAGAAUUCUCCUUGACAGCAUCCAGUUUUGCUAUCGGUUCCUGCAGCACAUCGUCGUGGGCAAGAGCGGCGAUGAGAGGACGGCGGCGUUGAGCUCUUUCCUCUUCUGCACUCAAGCCUGGACCAAUCAUAUCCUCAACAAACAAAUCCCGCCCACUGGAAAUGACCUUGUGAAGCCAGAUAUUGUAACGACGACUUUUACCAGCGCGGAGAUUCGAGCUUGGGUGGCAAAAUGGUUUGAUUGUGUUGGGAAGUUGACAGUGCUGGAAUCUGGCAAGGGCCCAACUCUUGACCUCCCAGAGUCCAGCUAUCUUGUCUGGCUCCCGUCAGUGUCCAAAGUCGCCAGCAUCGUUUCCACUGCAGGAAGCGGUGAAAGCGUAGACAAAAAUGGCAAGGUGCUUGGAUAUCUCGAUCAGACUGGAGAACUCCGCAAUGAAAACGACCAGCUUGUGGGCUUCGUGUGGACGGACGGGAAGGUCUACCUUGCUGGCCCAAAGCCCGCUCACGAUGUCUACCCAACAGGCCAGGUCCUCUUCUUCCCCAUGGCAAGGUUGGAGGAAGGGAAGACGGCAUCGAUUGACUUGUUCAAGUCCCACAGCGCGGCGGGCCGCGUUGGGAAGGACAGCAAGAUACAGAUCUGGGGCUUUGGUGACCGUGACGACACCACUGUACAAUGGAUGCCGGGAGUAGAGAUGUGCAGCAUUGAUAAGACACGACUCUUUCAUCUCAACGGCACACCUCUUGAGCUUUGGGAGUGGGACCGCAUCAAUCGGUUCAUCCGCUUGUAUAAGGUGAUGCAAGCGUUUGAAUGGCCCAUCACGGAGCUGGACACGGCCCUCGCCGCGGCAAAACCAGGGACAUCCGGGAGUGGUGGCACAACCGGCAACCCUCCUGGCGGUACAACCGACAAAGGUUUCUCCUUUUCGAACUUCAAGGACAAGCCAUGUGGUGGUGAGACUUCCGGCGGCGAUGACGGCGGCGACAGUGACGGCGAUGAACCCGGAAUCUCGCCCUGUGAUCGGAGCAAUUAUCUGGAGAUCACCCCUGACUUCAUCGAGCAGCUCAUGAGCAUCCAGAAGUUGGGCAGGCACACAGGGCUCGAGCUCACCAAACUGCUGUGCCUAUGGGCGGACAUUGACACGUUCGGGGAGACGUCGUUGUACUCGCGGUUGUUCCUGACCCACGACUUGGAGUCGAUGGACAACGUCUUCGUCCCGGAUGCCAAUGGCAACUACCUCACGUCUGAACCCAAGAUUGGCGACCAUGUCCAAGUACUUGUGGCAGCUUUUCACAUCAAGACCGAGUUCUUCGACGCCAUUCUUGAGCGAGUCGGUCUGUCGCGAGAGAGUAAUAUCACCAUCUCGAAUCUUAGCAAGCUCUACCGGCACGUUCUCUUCUCCAGUAUUCUAGGAGUCCGGCCGAACGUCCUUCUUGAUGUCCUGGAUCUCUUCCCAAAGCCAUAUGAUAGCCCUUCGGUGACACUGGACCUGGUCCUGCUAUGGGAGCGCAUCUCGAACGCUUCUUUUACCGUCAAGCAGCUGCGGUAUAUCAUCCUGAAUGCGGACGACCCCUUGCGUCCCAUUGCUCCAAACAAAUUCCAGGUGCUACGGGUAGCAAAGACAAUCGUAGAUGGGUUGAUUGCCAUUGACAACUCCAAUGCGGACUUGACCGAGUCCGAACUCGACGUGGUCACGUCGGCGCAGGUGAGAGCUAAGGCGCUUCUAAUAUUCGACCCAGCAGUCGUUGAAGACAUUCUCGGCCUCAUCGAGGGCGCCAAGGUCUUCACCACAAAUGCGCCGCCAGGAUUGGUCGUUGACGCCACCAAGGCUCCUAUGAAACUUGCAUAUAAAGACCCCCCGACUCCGCAAAACCGACGAGUGACAUUGUCAGUGACGGGUUGCCUGACCGACGCCGAGAUGGCCACUGCGACAGGUCUUUUCCCCGGCAACAGCGACUGGUCCGCAGCGCUGGCCAGGCUCAAGACCCAGGCCGUUCGGCUUGUGAAGCAAGACCUUGGCAAGGUUGUCGGGGACGACGAACUCGACAACGCCACGAAGAUCCUCACUCAAGGGGACGUCCCUGCAACGACUGGAGAUAACCCUGACCCCGGCACGGCGCCGACGAAACGUGCCUACUUCAUGAAAGAAUUCAUGCCGUAUCUGCGGUCCUAUUUGUACACCAAGCUGGUGACCACAACCAUGUCCGCUGCGACGUCCCUGUCAACUGAUGUCUGCGCAUGGCUUCUGCAAGAUGUCAUCCAGAUCGACACAGGCACCGUGAAGCAGAGCGCGAUGGAUGUUCUUGCUGGUCUGAAGAGCUCUGCUCCUGCUGCCGGCGGAACCUGGACGGGAUACCUGCUCCCUCCCUCGACUGAUACUUAUGUGUUCUAUGGGUAUGGAGACAGCCAGCCGCCGCCUCUCAUUCUGGACGGAGUGAGCAUCACUUUCGACAAUCUCAACGAAGAUCCAAACAACCUGUGGUGGACCGGCCCCGUCAAACUCAUCGGCGGCAAGACUGUCAAGCUCUCAGUCACUGGGCAGACGGUGCCAGGCGAUUUGCAGUGGAAGACCGAAAGAUCUGCCGCUACACAAGUCCCCUCCGGCGCGCUGAUGCCCGACACUUCUCUCAGCCAAGGCACUGCUGUUUUUGAAGCGCUUUCCAAGGCGUCCAUCGUGAUACAGGCGUUUUCUCUGGUUUUGGGGGAAGUCGAGUACUUCCAGGCUCAUGGUUCAAACUUCUCCGACCUGGACUUCGGUCACAUCUCGCUGGACGCAUGGAAGAGACUUCUUGCGUAUUAUGAGCUUCGCAAGACUCUCGUCAGCCGAGAGAAAGGUUUGAUUGACCUCUUCAAGUGGGCGAUACUCCGUGACACGGCCACGGCCGACGAGAUCAGCACAGCCGUCUCUAAAGUCACCACAUGGGAUGUAGACACCAUCAAAUCCUUGAUCGACGCCGCCAACUUUGACCUUGGCGAUGUCAAAUUCUUCCGAGAUGAGGUCACCUUGACGCAGCUGCAAAAAGCCAUAGCCUUCACGCAGACCGUCGGUAUCAAGGAUAUCAACCUUCUUAUGUCGUGGACAGACCUCAAACUCGACUUCAGCUCGACCUGGAAGUUGGCCAAGAAUAUCCGGAAGACCAUUCGGGGCAAAUACACUGCAUCAGACUUUGAGCAGGCUAUCAAGCCCUCGCACGACCAGCUACGCCGCAACCAGCGAGACGCGCUCAUCACGUACCUCGUGAUACAACCUGCUCUAAAGUCGUGGGGCGUUGUCGACGCGGACAGCCUCUUUGAGUUCUUGCUCCUGGAUGUGCAGAUGGGCCCCUGCAUGCAGACGUCUCGGACCAAACAGGCCAUAUCCUCGGUGCAGCUGUUUGUCCAGAGGUGCUUCCUCGGCCUAGAGAAGAAGGGCUCUGAAAACAUCGUGCUUGACGAGGAGCGGUGGAAGUGGAUGUCAAAGCAGAUUGCGUGGUCCGCCAACCGGAAGGUCUUCCUCCACCCUGAAAACUGGUUGGUGCCGUCACUGCGCGACAAGAAGACGCCUGCCUAUACCGACAUGGAGAGCACAUUGAUGCAGCGCGAUGCCAAGCCCGAGAACAUCCUUGAGUCCUUCCGUGGCUAUGUCGACAGUUUGGCGCAGGUUGCGAGACUGCAAGCCGUAGGUCUCUACCUGGACAACAAGAGCUUGACCGACGGCAGCAAAUAUGUCCUCCACUGUGUGGCCAUGACGGCGGGUGCUCCGUAUCUGUUCUUCCAUCGCACCUACGACUCGGGACUUCGAGAAUGGUCUCCCUGGAUACGAAUCACGGUGGAUAUCCCGACUUAUACCGUGGAGUGGCAAGAAGACAGAUCGAUAAUCCCCCAGCUCAGACUUGAACUCGACGCCAGCCAGGGCUCCUCGAACCAGACUUUCAGAUCGCACACGGGCUGCUACGUCACUCCAGUCGGCUGGAAGUCUAGGACGCUGGUUUUCAUCGGGACGCUCACGAAGAAGACAAUACCUAACGAUACUGCCACGACCAAGUCCUUCAGCGAGUUCACCAGUUCCAGGAGCUCUGAGAGUGCCGAAACCAUGAGCCCUGGCGAGGCAUGGGAGAUCAAGCUCGCAUGGACCGAGUACCGCGCCGGUAAGUGGACGCAGAAGCGGAUUUCAUCGGAUGCCUUCCUCACAGUGGACACGACGUUGAAAUCAAGCCCUUCCAUAACACUGGGCCCCGAUGCUCCGGAGCAGACCGUAUACGAAAGAUACUUUCUUCAGCCCGUCGACUCGUUUCUGUUCCUGCCAUACAUCGACACGGCGAACGACAGUGUCCGCAUCGAGGUGUGGUAUUACGCCUCUUUCUGGACUGUCACGCAGGACAAGGAUAAGCGAGCACCGUUGCCAGCUCAAUCCAUACCCGCAGCUACAGUACGGUACGCCGGCACGUAUGUAUUCGACGGCAGCCAGCUCUUCCAGAGCCGCGACUACACCGCGCAGAGUCCAACGCAUAUCUCGCAACUGUCGUUCCACGUGCUCAACGGACGGGAAGAUGAUCAUGUUGUCCAAACGCUUCAGAUCUCGGAUGGAGAGAGCGGGCCGGUCCUUCUGCAUGUGGGCAAAAUAUCUGACGGCAAGUACCAGGUACCAAACGUGUCGUACGUGCAGGACGCAGCGGGCUUGGUGACGUACGUUGAUGGUACAACCGACAUCUUUUACCAUCCUUUCCCGCAGAAUCUCGUCACGGCCGCGAGCAGCGCCACCGAGGACUCGGGCGUUGAGCCAAUCGAGAAGUUGUACAGACAGCCUGCCUUGAUUCUUGACAAUGUCGUCCCAGUCUUCGGGACGAAUGAUCCGCCGUCCAGCUCCGACUGGACAGCCACCUUCGCGGAGCUUUCCAAGCCGUACUCCCAAUACAACUGGGAAAUCGGGUUCCAUGGCCCGAUGCAGGUCGCUGAUGCCCUGGCCAAGAGCCAGCAGUUUGACGACGCCCUGGCGAUGAUGAACCAGGUCUUCAACCCGCAUGCCCAAGGCACAGACAUCCGCAAGGUGUGGAAGUGGAUGCCGUUCGAGCAUUCGACGACCAGCCGCGUGCUAGAAGGUAUCCUGAACAGCCUCAGUCCCCGCCGUUACGACGAACGCAUCACAGAGUGGCGAGACGCGCCGUUCCGGCCCUACGUCUUGGCACGAGGUCGCAUCGUGGCGUACAUGAAAUGGACGGUGGCGCUGUACAUCAAGACGCUCGUUGCGUAUGGCGACAUGUACUUCCGGCGACGCACGUUGGAAGACAUCCCCUUGGCCAUCCAGCUCUACGUGCUCGCCAGCCACCUGUUCGGACCCAAGGGAGAGAUGAUUCCGAAGCAAGGGAAGAAGAUCCCACAGACGUAUUUCUCGCUGCUCGACAAAUGGGACGCCUUCAGCAAUGCCGCCGUCCAGAUUGAAGUGGCAUUCCCCUACAGCAAUCAGACCGGUGCGAUGUGGCAUGCCAUGGGUGACACCAGCCAAGCUUGGAAGAUGUGGUCCCAGUCAGAGAAGUGCGGAUGGCGUGGCGGGAACUGGGAGCAGCAGAUCGGACUGGCCAACAUCUUUGGCUUCGCGACAUCGAGAUACUUCUGUCUCCCAAACAACCCAAACCUCCAAGCCCUCCGCUCCACCAUCGAUCAGCGCUUGUACAACAUCCGAAACUGCCUGGAUAUCGACGGCCGACCCAUGCCGCUGGCGCUGUGGGAGCCGCCCAUCGACCCGGGGCAGCUGGUGGCGGCCGUAGCAUCGGGUCUCAGCUUGUCCAGUGCGCUCAACGAUCUGAAUGCUAGUCUGCCCAACUACCGGUUCACCUGGCUGAUGAGCCGCGCCCUCGAGGCCACGGCCGAGCUCAAAGGGCUUGAGUCGACAUUCCUGUCCAUCAAGGAGAAGAGGGAUGGCGAAGCUCUCCAGGUCCUCCGGACGGGGCAUGAGAUCACCAUGAAUAACAUGAUUAUGGAGUUGAAAAAGGGUUCGCUUGAGGAGGCUGAGAGGUCACUGACAGCCUUGCGUGCCAGCCAGGCGUCAUCGAAACAUCGCUUCGACUUCUACUCGCGUCUAGCAGGCGUAGAAGCCAAUGCUUUGGGCAGCGGCACUGACCCCUUCAAAGUGAAGGCGAUUAACGUUGACAGUCCCAGCAGCGGGAGCGAUGCUCACAUCAACUCGCUUGAGACCCAGUCCGAGGUGCUGGCAGCCGUGGCGCAGUCGUAUACCGAAAGCGCCGCCAGCAUUGAGAUUAUGGCGAGUAUCCUGGCUAUGUUGCCCCAGAUCACUCCCCAUACUGAACCUAUGGGAUGCGGAUUCGAACUGGUUUGGGGGCCGUCGAAUUUGCUCAACGCCCUGCAGGCCUCCGCGCGGCUGGACCAAAUGAACGCCGGCUCAGCCAACUUCAAGUCUUCUCAAGCGUCGAGGAAGGCCAGCUACGUGAAGCAGUACCAGGAACGCCUCCACCAAAUGAACCUCGCCGGGCUCGAAUUCGAGCAAAUCAACACGCAGAUCGCAGCCCAGGAAACACGCGUCCAGAUGGCCAACCAGGACAUGGCCAACCAGCAGCAGCUCAUCGACAACGCCAACGAGGUCAGCGAGUUCAUGAAGAACAAGUACACCAACGACGAGCUGUACGCCUGGCUAGAGGGCAGCACGCGCACGUCCAUGUACCAAACGUAUCUCCUCGCCUACGACCUCGCCAAAAAGGCCGAGCAGGCCUUCCGCUUCGAGCGCCGGCCCACCUUGGCCCAACAGGCGCUCGACUUCAUCUCCUUCGGCUACUUCAACCCGGCCCGCGACGGCCUGCAGGCCAGCAGCCAGCUGUACCUGGCGCUGAAGCAGAUGGACGUCGCGUACCAGGACAGUCGGGGGCAUGACUACGAGAUGGCGAAAUCUGUCUCCCUGCGGCAGCUUAAUCCCUACGCGCUCGUCGCCCUACGAGAAACGGGAACCUGCACCUUUGACAUCCCCGAGGUGGCCUUCGACGUGGAUUUCCCGGGGCACUUCUUCCGCCGGAUCAAAACCGUUUCCGUGACCGUCCCCUGCGUCGUGGGGCCGUACGUCGGCGUCAACGCAUCCCUCCGCCUCCUCAAGCACCGGUACCGGGCCGACAGCCUCGCCACCUCGGGCCGGGACUACGCAGAGGACACAUCCGGCGGAGCCAUGGACCCGCGUUUCCGCACCGCCGUCGUCCCCAUCGACGCCGUCGCCGUCGGGUCCGGGCAGAACGACUCCGGCGCGUUCGAGCUCAACAUCCGCGACGAGCGGUACUUGCCCUUCGAAGGCGCCGGGGCGGUGUCAACCUGGCAGAUCACCCUCCCGCCGGUCGAUUUCCGUCCGUUCGACUACUCGUCCAUUGCUGACGUGGUGCUGCAGCUGCGGUACACGGCCUGCGAGGGCGGAGAGCGCCUGCGGAAGGCGGCUACGCAGAACGUGGUUGAUUGGGUGUCCACCGUCGAGGACAAGAGCAAAGAAUCAGGCCUGCUGGCGCUGUGGGAUGUGAGGGCUGAGUUUGCGGCUGAGUGGGCUAGGCUUGCGUCUCCGUCGACGGGUGAUGAAACCCGCACCCUCGUACUCCGCGGGCUGCUCUCCCGGCUUCCCGCCUUUGUGGCGGGACGGGACCCCGCCAAGGUGAGGGUCGCGGACGUGACGCUCGGGACGAACCUGAAUGUCUCCGGGCCGGGGGAUCUGGCUGUUGACUUUAAGUAUGUUGCUGGUACAGAGGGAGACUUUACGGUGUUUGAUAGCGGGCCUGUGAAGACCGGGUCGUUGAGCUUGUUUAGGAUUAGCGAGGCGGAUGAGCAGUUUGGGGAUUGGGCGCUCAGGGUUGGAAUGAAGGACGUGGCGGUCGAUGCGAGGUCGAGGAUGUGGUUGAUUGUGAGGUAUCGGUUGUUGAAGCCUACGGCGUGA